UCUCAUUCUCACAGACAUAAAUUAACGCUGAGAUUUGAAGGCAUGAAGAGGGAGAGAGAUUGCGAGAGAAUGGACGUGGCCAAUUGUCUGAUGCUGUUGUCUCACCAUGCUCGUCAAGAAACAAAAGCUGAGGGUUUAGAAUUCGAAUGCAAGACGUGCAAGCGAAAGUUCUCGUCGUUUCAGGCGCUGGGAGGGCACAGGGCUAGCCACAAGAGGGCUAAGUUGGAGGGUGGCGAACAAGACCUGAAAGCAGAGGCCAAAUCUCUGAGGUUAGGGAACAAACCCAGGAUGCACGAGUGCUCCGUCUGUGGCAUGGAAUUCUCGCUGGGCCAAGCACUCGGAGGCCACAUGAGGAAGCACAGGGCUGCUCUUCACCAUGAUACGCACCCAGUGGACGACGUCGUUGCCAGGGUCCCUGUUCUUAAGCGAUCCAAUAGCACCAGGGUUCUGUGUUUGGAUCUUAACUUGACGCCUCUCCAGAAUGACUUGAAUUUAUUGCUCGCAAACAUGGCACCCGCCUUCACCUGAUACAUUUGCCUUUGUGUUUAACCUUGUUCUGUAUUCUUUCAAUUCUUUACCUCACAGUUUGGUUCCAUGAAAAUAGUUUCGAUGUUAGAUCUUGCACUCUAUUUUAACCAUAUUUUAAUGUUUGAGGAGAUUCACCUUCGACAGCAAUAAUCCCUUUUAAUUUGUUGAUAAUUUUCUGUACUAUAAUCCUUCGUUCUUUUCGUUUUCUAUCACAUUAACAUUAAAGAGGCCGAUUAUAUUUAGGCUCAGUGGCUUCUAU